GACCGGGCCUGGCAGAAUUGGAUGUUCCCGCGCCGGCUCUCGGGUCGCGGUCGGCAGGAGGUGCGUCAGCGAACACCGGCGGGCAGGGAAGGUGCUUCCGGAGGCGGGAGGUCGUAGCGUGGAGCAGCGCGCCGCUGUCCGUUGCUGUGGCAAAGAAGAGUGGUGAGGACGGCGGAGCACCCCUGGGGCUAGUCUGCGCGCACGCUGCAGUGGAAAGCAGCGGACGGCUCCGCCAUGUCCUACUGCAGGCAAGAAGGAAAAGACAGAAUUAUAUUUGCAACCAAGGAGGACCAUGAGACGCCAAGCAGUGCUGAACUGGUUGCAGAUGACCCAGAUGACCCUUAUGAAGAACAAGGAUUGAUAUUGCCCAAUGGAGAUAUCAAUUGGAAUUGCCCAUGCCUGGGUGGAAUGGCUAGUGGUCCCUGUGGGGAACAGUUCAAGUCAGCCUUCUCAUGUUUCCAUUAUAGCACAGAAGAAAUAAAGGGAUCAGACUGUGUGGACCAAUUCCGUGCCAUGCAGGAAUGCAUGCAAAAAUACCCAGAUCUUUACCCUCAAGAGGAUGAAAAUGAAGAAAAAGAGAAGUCAAGCAAAGAUUUGGAAGCUGCUCUGACGGAGGCUUCUGCUGACGAAGAGAAGACGAGGUCUAGCUAAUGAAGAUGUAAGGAGGCGGUUGUCUCCAUUUCUCGUUUUCAGAGACAUGGACUUUUGCAGUGUGUCUGUCUUCUGAGUUGUCAAGAAAUGUUUCACCAUUGUUCUAUGCACUGUAUUAUAGCAAGUAAUUUAUUGCCAAAGGAGAAGUCUCAGUGCUACAGCCUUGCAAAUGAAUACUGCACAGAGAAUGAGCAUUUGUAAGCACUGUGUACCCGGCUGGCAGACACAGUUAAUACUUUCACAGCUGGUUUCUACCCUCAAGUUCUUGAGUUUUGACUUGAUAUAUCUUUAGAUAUAUUGCUUUCAACUAAAAUUCCAUUAGCACACCAGGUCUGUCUUCAUUUCAGAAUAUUCUAAUCAAUAGCUGCUUUUUUUUUUUAAUGUAUUCUAGUAAUAGAAAUUGCAGGAAAUGAUUGUUUGUCCUUUAAAGAUUUUUAUUUCCCCCAGAGUGAUUCAGGACAUUGAAAAUAGCCUAAAUCUAGAAUUUGUAAAAGAAGUUAAAAUGGUCUUAUUAGAUGAUGCUUGCCUUUUUCUACCAGCAUUUGGUAAGGACUGCCAGAAACCUCCUGAAAUGCCUAUAUCCUUUGAUUUCAUUUAAUUACUGUGAUGACUUGAUUUUUUUUU